AUGGAAUGCCUGUUUCGUGGUCUUGUUCCAAAACUUCAUCGACGUUGGCACCGUGUCAAAGAGCCAAAAUUUAAUCUUGAAGGGCUACACCUUGAUAUACUAAUCAUGGUUAUUCUCACUCUUGAUAAUACCUCUGACCUUUUCGCUCUCAUACAAACCUCGAAUACCUUCAAACGUCUCUUUAAUAGAUACCGCAAAUCAAUCCUCCUUGGUAUUUGUAAAAAUAUGGUUGGUUCCAGCGAAGCCACUUGGAAAACUAUCGCCGCAGUCCUCGUUUACCAGCGACCGGUUAACGCCAAUUCCGGGCGUUUUCUCCCCGAUUUUGCUUCCAUGAGAUUUGUACUGGAGGAUCAAGACAUCCGUCAACUUAAACACAACCUUCGGCUAUUCACCAGUACCGCGAAAAAAUUCAGAAAAUAUGUUGAUAACCCUGCCGAUGAUCACAUUACUGCCGGAUGUUCUUUCAAGCCUGGAGAUAGCCUCCCAAAACAAGUUUUCUUCGGCAACUGGCUAUUGGAGUUCCAAGUGAGAUAUGACACGGUUACAACCUUUUCAACUCGCAAACCUUACACGAAAACACAACUCAGAGACGCCGCACUUAUUAGAAUCUCCAUGUAUCAUGGUGAUUACACAUAUGUGUCUCGCGCUAGGCCUCUAUGGGAGAGAAGGGCUUAUAAACAAGACAAAGCAGCUCGAAGCAGAGUGAUCGACCAUAUGAGUUCGUGCCUUCGGUGCGGUAGACAUAAAAAACUGUUGUGGUUGAAGAUAAUGUAUCAUUACGACUUCAUGAUCUGGAAGGAUGAGGGGGGUAUGAUAACGUUCACGGAUUAUCAGUUUUUGAUGGACCAACUUUGUGACGAUAUGACACUUAGGGGGGUGGAUUAUCUUGUUGAAAAACAUGGGCUAUCUUGUGGCUGGGAUCGCGAAGGAUAG